AUGAUCGCAACCAUCGCCGCAAAAGAUCUCGCUCAAGAAGCCCUGAUGUACGUCACAGUCUUAUCCACCAUGGCGGAAGUGAGUCUGACUAUGAACAGCGCCGGUAUCGAGACCAUGAUAGGGACCGAGAUCGGGAUCGUUACCGAAGAAGAGAUCGUUCAGCGUGAUCGAUCAAGAAGGAGAUCGCGUGACCGCGAUGGUCGUAAACGCAGUCGUAGCAGGGACCGCCAACCCAAAAGACACGAUUCUCGCGACCGCGAUCGAAGACCACGGGAAUCCUCAGCGGAAUCAAGAAAGCGCAAACGUGGCGACAGCAGAGAUAGGCCGUCAACGCGGGACUCAGCUACGGCUUCGAAAGAUACUUCGAAGCCGUCAACUCCCACUGCGUCUACAGCAGACGAGCAGAAGGCCGCAAGGCUUGCUAAACUGGAGCAAUGGAAACGUAAGCAAGCUGAAGACCAAGUUAAGAGGCAGAAAGAACUCGAAGCAGCCGGCGGGACACGAAAUAUACUUGACGAAAUCGACCGCAAGGCUGGUGUCGCUCCCACUGCCGCAUCACCUCAAUCGCCCGUAACGCCGACCGUGCCAACUGUGCCUUCACCAGCGCCUGCUCCAUACCAAGGCAAAUUCGACCCAAAGGCAAUCGCUAAAAAGGUACAGGGCCCAACCGUGACAUCAAAAGUCUUAGGUGGGGAUAUUGCUCCACCACUCAAUGGUGCUGCUGUCGCCGGCAGGAAGACCGCGUCGCCAAUCCCACCGUCAAGGGUGCUCAACGAGUCUAAAGGGAAGUCCUUGAAACCUUCCGGCAAUCUCAGUCGUUUUGGACUGGCCGCAAGACAAGCUGCUGAUGCUGAGGUGUCUAAGAAAGCUCUUGAUUUCGAAGACGACGAGGACACGAAGAAAAAGCUCGAAAAGCUACCGACUCUAUCCGAAGCCGAUACUGGACUCGUCGAUGGGCCUGACAGACACGAGUCAGACGAUGACGACGGAGACGAUGACAUCCAGGAAGCUGAAGAUGACGAGGUCGCCAUGGCUGCGGCUCGAGCUGCCGCAGAACAACGCAGUCAAGCUGAGCGGGGCGAUGACACAGCCAUGUCAGAAGCACCAGCUCCUGCCGAAGUUGAUGCAGUCGAAGAAGACGAAGAGGUCGAUCCACUGGACGCUUUCAUGCAAGAUCUGGCUCCAGUGUCGAAACCAAAAUUCAAAUCCCAAAGGGUUAAGGCGAAACAGCAGGAGCCUGAAUCCUUCUUCGGCGACGAUGACGAUAUGGGCCUAACCGCCAUCGAUGAAGAUAACCCAGACAGUAUAAUGGCUAUGGCUGCCGACAAGGUCAAGAAGAAGAAGAAAGACAUUCCAGCUGUAAAUCACGACAAGGUUCAGUACGAACCAUUCCGACGGAGUUUUUACUCGGAACCAAUCGAGAUGUCCGACAUGACCGAGGAAGAAGUUGCCUCGCUUCGAAUGGAGCUGGACAAUAUCAAGGUGCGUGGCGUGGACGUCCCGAAACCUGUCCAGAAAUGGGCACAAUGUGGUCUUGGUGUUCAGGUCUUGGAUGUGAUUAAAAACCUUGGGUACGAUGCUCCCACCAGCAUUCAAUCGCAGGCGAUACCAGCAAUCAUGUCCGGCCGAGACAUCAUAGGUGUCGCAAAGACCGGGUCGGGCAAGACCGUUGCCUUUUUGCUACCUAUGUUUCGACACAUCAAGGAUCAGCGACCUCUGGAAUCGCUUGAUGGCCCAAUCUGUCUGGUCCUGAGUCCGACUCGAGAACUGGCAACCCAAAUCCAUCGUGACUGUAAGCCAUUCAUGAAAGCUUUGGGCUUGAGAGCUGUCUGUGCUUACGGUGGAGCGCCCAUCAAAGACCAGAUCGCCGAGAUGAAGCGCGGUGCUGAGAUUGUGGUGUGCACUCCUGGGCGCAUGAUCGACCUGCUUGCGGCCAACAGCGGGCGUGUGACGAAUCUGAGGCGAGUAACCUAUGUUGUCCUCGACGAAGCAGACAGAAUGUUCGACAUGGGUUUCGAGCCACAAGUGAUGAAGAUCCUGGGAAACAUCCGACCUGACAAACAGACAGUCCUGUUCUCAGCCACCUUCCCGCGCCAGAUGGAAGCCCUUGCACGGAAAACACUGGCCAAGCCCGUAGAGAUUGUGGUUGGCGGGCGUAGCGUCGUCGCCCCUGAAAUCACCCAAAUCGUCGAAGUGUGGGCCGAAGACCAGAAGUUUGUCCGUCUGCUCGAGCUACUGGGAAAUCUUUAUGCCGAAGAACAGAACGAAGACGAUCGUGCUCUUAUUUUCGUGGACCGUCAGGAGUCCGCCGAUGGCCUACUAAAAGCUCUCAUGAAUCGCGGCUAUCCCUGUAUGUCAAUCCAUGGCGGCAAAGAUCAGAUUGACCGCGAUUCCACCAUUGCGGACUUCAAAGCCGGCGUCGUGCCGAUCCUUAUCGCCACGAGUGUUGCUGCGCGUGGCCUGGAUGUGAAGCAACUCAAGCUAGUGGUCAAUUACGACGCCCCAAACCAUUUGGAAGACUACGUGCAUCGUGCUGGGCGCACAGGGCGCGCCGGCAAUACGGGCACAGCUGUCACUUUCCUGACCGAAGAGCAAGAUCGCUACGCCGUUGACAUCUCCAAGGCGCUCAAACAAUCCGGACAAGCCGUUCCGGAGGCUGUCCAGAAGCUUGUUGAUGCCUUUACAGAUAAGGUCAAGACUGGCAAGGAGAAGGCCUCCGCUGGUGGUUUUGGUGGUAAGGGUCUUGACCGCCUGGACCAGCAGCGUGAUGCUGAAAAGGCUCGCGAGCGCAAGACAUUCAAGUCGGGCGAAGAAGGCGAGGAACAAGAGGAGAAAGAGGAAAGUACAGCGAAAGUUGGUGACGACAUCUUCGCUAAGGCGGCGUCGGGUGUCAAGGCCUCCGAGGCUGCCACCACUUCUUCCACGCCUGCAUCUUCGCAGAUUCCCGGCGUGCCCAAGGGCAUCGAUCUCGAUGGUAAGAUUAUCGUGCACAAGACUGAGCGACCAGAUCCGGGCGCCAAGCCCGCGAAUCGUAUGGACGCCGUCGCCGCUGCGGUUGCCAACAUCAACAACAAGCUCAGCAAAGCAGGAGUCAUGCGCUCCGGGGUCCCGAUCGACAACAAAGGCCCUGACGCGGGUGCCUUCCACGCCACGCUCGAGAUCAACGACUUCCCGCAGAAGGCGCGCUGGGCCGUCACCAAUCGCACGAAUGUGGCGAAGAUUUUGGAAUCUACGGGAACCAGUAUUACGACGAAGGGCAACUUCUACGCUACCGGGAAAGAGCCCGGGCCCACAGAGCAACCAAAGCUGUACAUCCUCGUUGAGGGCGAUACGGAAGUGGUGGUGCAAGAGGCCAUGCGCGAGUUGAUGCGACUAUUGAAGGAGGGAACUAUGAGUGCCGCGGAAGCAGAAGGCAGCCGUACCGCCGGUGGAGGCAGGUAUUCUGUUGUGUAA